UCCCUUUUUUUCUUUUACUUUAUUUCUAGAAAACUAAAGCUUUGGUUGCUUUUCUAUGAUUGUCUCGCUUCGCUUCGCUUCUUCGGCCUUUUUCUUUGUCUCCCAGUUUCCAUCUCUUCUACUACCAAAUUCCUAUCGUCUCUCUCUCUCUGACAGGAGAUUCUUUCGUUGAACCAGUAUGACAGUAAUUAUCAUGUGCAGAUUAAGAUUUGUAUGCUGAUAGAAGAAGGAAAAUGAAUACACAACUUUUGGAGAUUGAGCCUAAGGCGCUUGAAUUCAGAUUUACGUUGAAGAAGCCAUGCUCCUGCUCCGUCAGACUCACAAAUAACACUGACCAAAAUGUUGCUUUCAAGGUUAAAACUACAUCUCCUAAGAAGUACCAUGUGCGGCCUAGUUUUGGCAUUAUUAUGCCCAAAUCAAUAUGUGACUUUACAGUUACCAUGCAAGUCCAGCUCGAAGCUCCUCCUGAUAUGAUAUGUGGAGAUAAGUUCUUAAUUCAAAGCAAAGUUGUCCCUCUUGGAACAAUUGAUGCGGACAUUACAUCUGCCACAUUUGUCAAGGACAGUGGAAGGUAUAUUGAAGAGCACAAGCUUAAAGUUGCUCUUGUCUGCCAAUCUUAUUUGCCAGUAUCAUCAACAAUUAAUGGGAUAACAAACCAGGGAACAGAUCAUAAUGCUUCAAUACCAAAAGAGCCAGAACUAUGUCGAGUUGGGAUUCAUGCACCAUUGCAGACGGUUGCCAGGGUUGAGGAAUCAAAAAUGAUAAAUUUGGAAGAUUCAAAGACUACAAAGGAAGUGGAGUGGAAGCCAAAGAAAGAUAUGUUCUAUGCAGAGAAUUUAAAGCCGAAGAAGGAUGCAGAGCCAAAGCCAAAGCAUGGUGUUAAUGAUGAUGACUUAAAAUUUACAAAAGAAUCCGAGCUGAAACCGAAGAAUAAUUUUUUCAAUAGCAAGGAGUUAAAGCCGGUGAAAGAUGUGGAGUCAAAGCCAAGGGAGAAUAUUCUUACUGAGGAAUUUAAUUCGGUGAAGGAAAAGGAGUUCAAUGCAUUGAAGGAUGUUGAAGGGAAAACAUUGAAGCCAGUGGAGGAGCGAAAGUUUGCCAAAGAUGCUGAAGAAAUGAAAUCGAAACUGGCCAACCUUGAAUUUAAGCUAGGCGAGGCUGAAGCUACCAUAUCAAAACUGACAGAAGAGAGGAGGUUAAGCACUCGAGAACGAAAAUUUUUACAAGACGAGCUUGUGCUAUUGAGGAAAAAGGCGAAGCUCAAAGAAGCUAAAGUGGGAAUCCAUCUUUUAUGUGUUUGUAUGGUGGCACUCAUCAGCGUCUACAUCGGAUGCUUUUUGGUGAAGAACAGGACUUCCAUGUCAGAUCUUUACCGGUUAUAAUCAAUACGAGAUUAAUCCGUUGGUCAGGCAACUGUUUUCCUUUUUCUUUUUGUUAAUAAUAAUAGUAAUGAUAAUCAUUUUGUCGUCUGGAACAAUUACGAAACUUUUAUGGAGCAAAUGGUAGUCAGA